GACGAAUGGACUCUUCGAAUGCAGCCUUUGCUUUGUCGAACUCUCCCUGCUCAGCAAAAACCUCACCGAGCAGCUCGUAAGGCCGGCUGUCUUUUUCUGUGCAUAAUUUUGUUGCUUGUUCAGCUAGACUUAAGGCUUCCGAAACCUCGCUUUGAAGAAGUUUUUCUUUUGCUGCACUCAACAGUACAUCCAAUUCUGCCAUCUUAAGAAUAAAAACAAAACUGAUGGGCUUUGACUUAGCGCUUGUCAAAGGUGUUGUUCUUGAAACCACCUUAAAAAAAAACACCUUCAACCGAAAAACUAAGUUGGAACCGUUACGGAGCUUGUCCUUUUUUUUUCGACAACCAAAUUAUUGAGCCGGAUUUGGGUAUCCUUUCUCUUUUUGAUUGACUAUUGUUGGUUUUGUUUGAAAAAUUAAAACUGUGUGAUUCUAAGCAAAAGUUCCAAUGAAGUGCUAUAUACUUCAUUUUUCUUCUACCCACAAGGAUUUUCAUUUACCAGAACUUGAAACUCUUUCAAAAAUUGAGAAUGUUCCUUUUUCUAUAACAGAACGGAGUUCCAAUCCAUUUUGGAUCGUGCAAAUCGAAGACGAUGAAAGCGCAAGAAAGCUAGUGAAACGUUCUAUUUUCUGUAAGGGAGUGUACGAAUUGUAUGGAUGUAGCGAUACAUUGGACAAUCUCCAUGAGUUGCUAAAGAACAUGCAACCAAAACCCUGGGAAUUGUACUCGCAAACAACGUAUAAGUUUUCCAUUGAAAGUUAUGGUAAACAUCUUACAAUGGAGGAGCAACUGAACGUUAUAAACCAGUUUGGUUACCUUCAUUUGAACGGCAAAGUGAGCAUGAAAUCUCCGGACUGUAUUUUCACUGUAUUGGAAGACAAUGAGAAAAAGUCUGACAGCAAAGUAAAGGCAUAUUUCUGUCGUAAGCUUGGUGUUGGUUCACGUGAUGCAAUUGAUAAAUUCGAUCUCAAGCAAAGACGCUAUAUUGGUAUUACGAGUUUUGAAUCUGAGCUUUCUUUAGUUACAGCACAAAUGGCCAUGGCCGGACCAGCAAAAGUUGUCUAUGAUCCAUUUGUAGGAACUGGUAGUUUCUUGUAUACAUGCAGCUUUUUUGGUGCUCAUACGAUCGGUUCUGAUAUUGACGGUCGUCAAAUGCGUGGUAAAAACAGUGUGUCAAUUAGGGAGAACAUUGCUCAAUACAACCUGCAGUCAAGCUUCUUGGAUGUUUUUACAUCUGAUAUAACUCAUUGUCCUAUAAGAGAAUCUUUCCUCCUUGACGCCAUCGUUUGUGAUCCUCCUUAUGGUGUGCGUGCAGGCGCAAAACGUAUUGCUUCAAUCCAGAAUAUUAUCAAGGACAAGGACACAAAACCAAUUCUUCACCGCUAUCCCAAACUUGAGCAUUAUGAGAUCUGCGAUCUUGUAAAGGAUCUCGUCGAUUUUGCGGCAAAAAGACUUGUUGAUGAAGGACGACUAGUGCUUUGGUUGCCUACUAUUACUGAAGAAUACUCUAUCGAUGAUAUCCCCAAACAUCCAGCUCUUCGACUACUCUAUAAUAGCGCUCAACACUUUAACCACUGGUCAAGAAGACUAUUAACGUUUGAACGUCUCCCGAGAGCUACAGUGGUGAAAAACAAUAUUACUCAAAAUUCUGAGCAUUUACCAGCUCACUAUAAGUUUAGAGAAAAGUAUUUUGGCAAUUCUCCUCAAUAAAGGGAAUAAAGUUUUGAAAAUAAAAUUUGUACAUACUUUAGUAUUAUUUUAUGUAUCGUUUACUCUAACAAUCUUCAUUAUUUACGUAGAAACAUAAGAAUACCAAUCUCGUGAAAUCAAAAUGAAAAAUAAUGCAAUUAUCAUAUAAUUUAAGUGCAAUAACACAUGACUUGGCAUACGAGAAUGUUAAAUUUAUGCACUAACCGUUACUAAUUCUCGAUAUUUUUCUGUCAUCGUUUCUACUUGCAAGUACUCUCCUAUAACAGACCAAGGAUUAUUGGCAAUAACGAUUUCCAGAGUUUAUUGCAUAAGAGGAAAAUAAUAUAAGUUUGACUUC